GUGACCGAUCAAGGCGUGGUUUAAAUGAAAUGGCGUCUUUCAAGAGAAAGUUUGAGCCAACAGGAUCUUUCCGUUGUGAAAGAUGUGGCUUUACUUCUCUGGUCUACUCAUUUAGCAAGUCCUGCCCUUUCUCUAGCGGUCUAGUCUUUUCUGAAGACUGUUUUAUUGGUCGGGAUCCAUUCUCUGAGAAGCAUAAGCCACUAGUUCUUGGAUCUCGUUGUGCUGCAUGUCACAGAGCCAUCUGUGUAUCACAGGAUUGUAGUAUUUUCUACACUAGAAGGUAUUGCAAAGAUUGUUUUGAUAACAACAGAUCUAGAUUUCCUCUUGAAUUGCAGAAAGAAUUGCAACAAUAACGCUGUGAAACAGAAUAAACGCAUACAUUUUAUUGCAUUCUUCAGCAAAGAUUUGUGAACUCUGAGGCUGCCAGUUGCUCUUAUUUUACUUGACUAAUAAUUCUGACGAAACAUGAAAAACAA